AUGGGCGAUCACGUCCUCUUCUUUUACGGAACCCUAAUGUCCCCCCAAAUCCUCCACCGAGUAAUCCACGGCCGCGCCGAUCCAGAACCCUGGCAAAAAGCAACCCUCCACAUCCAACCCGCCAUAUUACACGGGUACCGACGACACCGCGUGCGGAACGCAGACUAUCCCGGCAUAACACCCAUCGCAGAGACGACAAGCGGGACCGAGAAUAGCCUGGCGACAUCAGUUGUAGGGACCCUCGUCUCGGGACUGACAGAUGGCGAUGUUCACCGACUUGAUAUGUUCGAGGGUGAUCAGUAUGAGAGGAUGGCGGUGGUUGUGCGUACGCUGCAUAGAUCACAGGGGAAAGAUGACAGUCAUACUGCUUCAGAGAGCGGGCUGCGAGAUGUGCUGGAUGCGGUAGGGGAGGCGGCGGGUGAAGGGGAAGAGGUUGAGGCUGUGACUUAUGUUUGGACUGCUGAGGAGGAUUUGCUUGAGGAUGCGGAAUGGGAUCUUGAGUCGUUUAAGAGGGAUAAGAUGGCGUGGUGGGUUGAGGCGGAUGAGAGUCAGUGGUAG